AUGGCGGAGGGCCGGCCCUCCACCGUGUCCGCCGGCCUCAGUUGGCUGCUGGCCGGCAGCGCCGCCCCCGCGGCCAGCCCGCCGGGCGCCUCCCUCGGCCCCGACGAGCCCGCCGCCGCCGCCCCGGCGGGCGGGGCCGCGCCGCCCGGGCGCUUCGCCUCCGAGCCCGCGGCGACCGCGUGGCCGAGCUCGGGGACGGCCGGGCCGCCGGGGAGGUUCGGCUCGGAGCCCGCCGCCGCCGCCCCGCCGCCAGGGCGCUUCGGGCCGCCGGAGCGGAGCGCAGGAGAUAGCCGUGCGGCGGAGCUGAUGGCGGAGAUCUUGACCAAGUCUCAGAGCAAGACCGAGGACAAGAACGCGUGCACUUCCUACGAGCCCGACCAGCUCCCGGACAAGGCUGGGCCCGUGUCGGAGAGCUCCGAUUCCAAGGCCUGGAGCCUGCUGAGCAACCUGAUCUCUCGCGGCAGCUCCGCGCCGGCGGACGCUGCCGGCGCCGCGAGCAGCGCGGCCAGCAGCCUGGAGAGGGUGCUGGCGGCUCCGGAUGGCCCCGCGCUGGCGGCGCGGCCGCCCCCGCCGCCGCUCCCGAGCUGGCUGGGCUCCGAGCCUGCGGCGCAGCGGCCCAGCCUGCCAGAAGACGACCUCGGGCAGGCCCCGCAGGGCGACGACGACGCCGCCAGCGACGGCAGCGGCGGGCCCAGAGCGGAGCGCGAGGAGUUCGCUGGGAGGCGGGAGGAGAGGCGGCAAGCUUCGAAGAGGUUGACGUUCGACACCUAUCUGGACGAGGCGACUUGGAAAGAGGGUGUGGCUUCGGGGAGGUUUGUCAAGGGCACCCUCCGCUGCAGCGGGGCCAAGCUCAAGACCGCCCACGUCGUUCCCACUGGCUUCAAGCCCAGGGAGCAGGACCUGGCCGUCAUCGGGAAGAAGUGCAGGAACCGGGCGGUCCAUGGUGAUGUGGUCGUCUGCGAGCUGCUGCCCGACAGAGAGGAGGCGCAGAGCAUCCUGGAAGAAGAGGAGGAGGGCGAGGAGCCCUUCCGGGCGCCCCCUGGCCUCGCCCUCCCGGACUCCGACUCCGACGAGGAGGUGGUCUUCUCCGGACCGUUGGUGGCGGCACAGGAUCCCGAGACGGCCGCGGCCGGCGCGGCCUCGUCCAGGCGCGGCCGCAACCGCGACCGGCCGAAGCUCGCCAAGGUGGUCGCCAUCGCCGAGAGGAAGGGCUCCGACCGCGUCAUCGUGUGCACCCUCCACCCGAACGACGUGGGCACCUCGGCGCUCGGGCACUCGCAGGAGGUGAAGGAGACCGACAAGUUUAUAAAGGCGAAGCCGACGGAUGCUCGCAUGCCAUGGAUUCUGCUGAAGAUUAACGACGUGACGCGGAGGGUGUUGAACAUCCCGGGCCCUCUGGACAAGUUCCAGCUGUGGCCCGUCCAGAUGGUGACGUGGGACGAGAAGGCGUCGCUUCCCCUGGGGAGGCUCAAGGGCCAGUGCUUGGGGCAGGCAGGGGACCUCGAGGCCGAGGAGAAGCACGCGCUGAUGGAGCACGGGUUGGACUGCCACGACGUGGACUUCGACGAUGGUAUAUUGGAUGAGGUGGACGGCGUCGUGAUGCACGCGAAGGAGGACUUCGAGCGCGAGGUCACGAAGCGGCUGGACCUGCGGAGAAAGCGCAUCUUCACCAUCGACCCUGCCACCGCCCGCGACCUGGACGACGCCAUCCACGUGGACGACUGCGGAAGGCAUAUCGAGGUCGGCGUGCACAUCGCCGACGUGGGCCACUUCCUCAAGCUCGGCAGCCAGGCGGACCUGCUGGCACAGGAACGCACCACAUCAGUCUACCUCAUCAACAGAGUCCUGCCUAUGCUCCCCCACGCGCUGUGCAACCAUCUGUGCUCCCUGAACCCCAACGAGCCGAAGCUGUCCUUCUCUGUGCACUUCCGUCUGGACAAGGAAACCGGUGAUCUGGUCGAGCACGGGGAGUAUAGGCCGCGCUUCAACAAGACGGCGAUGUGUUCCGUCUGCCGCAUGAACUACGACGAGGUGCAGGUGGUGCUGGACGAGGGUGACUUGGGGGCGGACGAGAUUCCUGCCAUGUACGGCGGCUGGAGCUGGUCAGAGAUCAGGGAUGACCUCUUUCUGCUCUACGACGUGUGCGGGAAGGUCCGGACGGGCCGCAUGGAGGGUGGCGCCCUCAGGAUCUCGAAGCACAAGAUGAUAUUCCACACCCGCGAGAGCGAGGAUGGCACUCCGACUGGCUACCAUCUGGAGUCCCACAGCGCGUCGCACUGGAUCAUCGAGGAGCUCAUGCUGCUCGCCAAUCGUUGCGUGGCCAAAUUUCUCGCUCAGGACCCUCGGCUGCAUCACGUGGGGGUGCUCCGGAGGCAUGACCCGCCGGAACCAGAAAAGGCACUCGAGUUGGAGAUGAAGUUGAGAGAUAAUCUCGGUAUCGACUGGAAGCAGGGGAAUGCCUACGAGUUGCACAAGUCGUGCCAGAUGAUCAGACACAAAUACGGGGAUACGCUGGGCUUGUGCAUUGAUAUGAUGGUGAUGAGGGCAGGCAUGAUGCAAGCGCAGUAUUUUGUUCAUGAAGAUGGCGCCGAGACACACCAUUUCGCGUUGAAUUUUGACUAUUACACUCAUUUUACGUCCCCUAUCCGUCGAUAUCCAGAUGUGAUGGUCCACCGCGUCCUCGACGCCAUCUUGUCGGACGGGGAGGAUGGCUUCCAGGAUGUUGAAGAGGCCAAGGCCCAGGUAGACAUCUGCAACGACAAGAAGCUAGCCUGUCGAAGAUGCAGCGAGCAAAUCGAUCGUGCAAUCUUCUGCAUUUACCUUCGUCGCAUAAAGGAAUGGUUCUACACAAUAGGGACUGUCCUUAGCUUCCACAAGGACCGAAACGAGGGUGGCAUCGACACGGUAACAGUGUACUGUGCGCAGCUCGGCAAGGAGUCGAAGGCGCGACUUUGCGCCGACGGCGACCUCGAGAGCAUGGAUCUCAUCACUGGUGGCCCGGAUGACCAGCUCCUCAUGCCGUUAUCGUGGGAGUUCAAGAGCCGUGGCGCACUGGAGGUUCGCUGGCCCGACUCCGAGGACGACAGGCGGGUCGGGAGGAAGCAGGUUCUGCGGACGCUCUCCUGCAUCCCCGUGGUCAUCAUUCCGACAAACACAGUGCCUAUUGACUAUGCCAUGUUCUUCGUGUCGCCCUCCCAUAAGGACUACAAGUCUCUGAUGGCGAGGGCCCUGUUCAAGAAACCCACGCUGCUCAUCCUGGACGAGCCGACCAACCACCUGGACCUCGGGGCGUGCGUCUGGCUGGAGGAGUAUCUGGCCAAGUACCCCUCGACAAUCAUCCUGACCUCGCACUCCGAGGACUUCAUGAACACGGUGUGCACCGACAUCAUGCAGCUGCGACAGGACCAGAAGCUCCAGUACUGGGGCGGCAACUACGAGGCGUACGUCCAGACCAGGCAGGAGCAGGAGGUCAACCAGAUGAAGGCGUACGAGAAGGAGCAGGCGGACAUCCAGCACCUCUUGGAGUUCAUCCGAUCCUGCGGGACGUUCUCGAACAUGCGCAGGCAGGCCGACUCCAAGCAGAAGAUCAUCGACAAGAUGAAGGAGGACGGCCUCACGGAGAAGCCGAUGCCGGACCCCAAGUUCAUGUUCAACUUCCCGGACACCGAGAAGCUGCCGCCGCCUGUGCUCGCCUUCGACCGCGUCUGCUUCUCCUACUCCGGGAAGAAGGAAGACUACCUCUACAAGGACGUGGACUUUGGGAUCGAUUCCGACAGCUGCAUCGCGCUGGUGGGCCCCAACGGCGCCGGCAAGUCCACGCUGCUGAAGCUGAUGCGCGGGGACCUGGAAGCGACCGAGGGCACCAUCAAACGCAACAGCCACCUGCGCUUCGCCUCCUACAACCAGCAUUCCGCCGAGGUGCUGCCCCUGGACAAGUCCCCCCUGCAGUUCCUGCAGGAGAAGUUCGACAAGGAGGCCGAGGAGAGGGGCGAGCAGCGCAAGUCCGAGCAGGAAUGGCGCGCGAAACUUGGCAAGUACGGCGUGGCGGGCGAUUUGCAGAAGCGGAAGAUGGGCACCUUCUCCGACGGCCAGAAGGCGCGCGUCGUCUUCGCGCUCAUGUCGCUGGCGAAUCCCCACCUGCUGCUGCUGGACGAGCCGACCAACCACCUGGACAUGGCCUGCAUCGACGCCCUGGCCGAGGCCAUCGACAAGUUCAGUGGCGGGGUGGUGCUCGUCAGCCACGACUUCCGCCUCAUCGACAAGGUUGCAAAGCAGAUCUGGGUCUGCGACCACGGCGUCACCCCCUGGAAGGGCGACAUCAAGGCGUACAAGAAGCACCUGUCCAAGGAGAUGGCCAAGUCCGCGAAGGCGGGGCCGCUUCCGGCCGUGGUGGAGCCCGUGGUGCUCGGGCCGGAGGAGGGCCCGUGGCCGCCCGAGGACGCCGCGCUGCUGCAGGAGGGCCUCGCCAGGGCGCCGCCGCCCGAGGGCGCCCUGCUUCAGCUGCAGAACGCCGAGCUCCUGCACGAGCUGGUUGAGGCGCAUGCCACCGGUGCAUCGCUGCUCGAGGAGCAGGUCAGGCUUCAGCGCCAGAACGCCGAGCUGCGGCGCCUCCUGAACGGCACGAGGAGCGCCGCGGCCAACGCCACGGGCGGCAACGCCACGAGCCACGGCGGCACCCCGGAGAUCCAGCUCCCGGCCCAGAAGCACAAGGCCCUGGCGAUUGCGGCCAUCUGCCUCGGCAUGGUCCUCCUCUGCGCGGGCCUGUGCCUCUGCGCCCUGAAGGUCGCGCACCAUAGGCACCUCGCGCAGAGGCAGCGCGCACGCCUCGCGCGCGGGCAGCCGCCGGGCCCUCCGGUGCAGGCCAGCGCGGUGGCCGACGCGUUCGACGGCUGCGCCGAGUGCUGUGGGGUCUUCUGCAGCGCCCAGCUGUGCGCCACGGCGACCGUCGUCGUCGUCCUGUGGGGCGGAGGCCUGGCUGUCAUGUGGUUCACCGGGAGCCUGCAGCCCGUGCUGAAGGAGGUGGGUGUUUACGCGUACCUGGGCCUCGGCAUGGUCGGCGUCGUCCUGAUCGUGCUCGCGGGCGUGGUCAUGAACGCCAGGGCUGAGAUGCAGCAGGUGUCGCAGUCCGUCCAGUGGACGUCGGGCAAGCUGCAGACCGUCUUCGGGGACAAUCCCCGCCCGCGUAGGUAG